CCGGCCACAUUGAGGGGGCUGUGAAGCGUGGGGGGGAGCAGGACGCGGCAGGUCCGCCCCUCCCCUCCCUACCGCUACCCAACCCGGUUCAAGAUGAACUAUAUGCCGGGUACCGCCAGCCUCAUCGAGGACAUUGACAAAAAACACUUGGUGCUCCUUCGAGAUGGCAGGACCCUUAUAGGCUAUUUACGAAGCAUUGAUCAAUUUGCCAAUUUAGUGUUACACCAGACUGUGGAACGCAUUCAUGUGGGCAAAAAAUAUGGUGAUAUUCCUCGAGGGAUUUUUGUUGUCCGUGGAGAAAAUGUGGUCCUCCUAGGAGAAAUAGACCUGGAGAAGGAAAGUGACACUCCCCUCCAGCAAGUGUCUAUUGAGGAAAUCCUCGAAGAACAAAGAGUAGAGCAGCAGACUAAGCAGGAAGCAGAAAAGCUGAAAGUCCAAGCUCUCAAGGAAAGGGGUCUCUCUAUUCCCCGAGCAGAUACUCUGGAUGAAUAUUAGAUGUUUUUCUCAGAACCUUCCUCUCUUAGAAGCAGAAAUUGUCACUGAAGUUUAAGUGAUACAAUAAUUACUCUUUACAUUGGACUGGAGACUAUAGAGUUUUGGAAAAUGGUUUUUUGGAUUCUCAGUUUCACAAUUGUGCCAUGAAGAAAUCAUGUGGCCUUAUAUUUUCUUAACAGAAUCAUUGUAUAGAGGGACAUGGACUUUUUCACAUAUGGCUGUGGAGCCAACCAAUUACUUCCACUAGGUUUUAUUGGGGAAGUUUUCAUUCACUUGUAAAUAAAGUAUGAAUCUCAAAACCA